AUCAUCGACGUCAUCGACUGCACCGGCAGCGGCGACGUCGACACGUCCAAUGAGGUCGACGCUGACGAGGACGGCUUCAUCAUUGGUAGGCAGCAGCCCCCCGGAGGUGUGGGCGGCUCCAUGUGCAUGCGCCGUCACGGACCACGGCAGCAGGGCCCCCAGCUGUCCAGGGACACCUUACUGGGGCUUCAUUUGGAUUAG